AUGAGGGCUAUUCUUGAUAUGACAAGAGAACGAAUUUCUACCCUUCUUGAGGAGGGUUAUUCAAGUCGCACAAUUACUUUUCAUGUAAAAGUAAACCAUGCUACCGUCUUAAAAAUAAAGUAUUUGAAAGAACGAACAGGUGGUUUGGAUGUCUUACCAAGGCCAGGCCAGCCAAAAAUACUUACUCAAUGUCAUGAAAGAAAGAUAGCCAGGUUUUUUAAGUCAGGCAAAUGUUCGAAUAUUGUCCAAGCUCAAAAAAAAUUAGUUUCUGAAGAGG